AUGACGUUUGCUGGGACAAAUGUUAUUUUGUCCCAGCCGGAUAUAUCACAAAAACUGACGGAGCGUAUAGACGACCUGAAGCAGAGAAUCGCUGCUUGGGGAAAGCGGAUUCGGCGAUAUACCGAGAGGUCGACACAGUUCAACCAGAAUCGUCUCUUCCAGAGUGAUCAGAAGAGGCUCUACAAAUCAUUGGAGCGACCAAAGGUAUGUGGAACGGGCCCAGUACCGGAUCAGGCCAAUACUGUCGCAUUCUGGCGUGGCCUGAGUUCAGGACCCGUAAACCACAGCGAGGGCCCUAGGACGGAAACGAUGGUGAGUUAG